AUGAAGACCCUGAUCCUGUGCCUUGGCCUCGGCCUUGUUGCUGCCCUACAGGCCCAGGCCUUCCGUGUCACAGAAGAGAAUAUAGAUCUGACAGGAAUGUGGUAUUUGAAAGCUACAGCAUCUGACAAAGAGAUUCCUGGCCUGGAUUUAAGGUCUAUGUCUGUGACUCCCAUGACCAUCACGACCCUGGAAGGAGGCAACCUGCAAGUCAACUUCACUGUCCUGAUUGAAGGACGAUGCCACGAGAUGAACACUGUCCUAGAGAAGACAUCUGUGCCGAUAAAAUACACAGCCUGCAGAGACCGUGACUUCCACCAGGAGGCCCUGGAAGAUUUUCAGAAUGCUGUGAAGGCUGGAGGCCUCAACACAGAGAGCAUCCUCAUCCUCAGGCAGAGUGAAACCUGCCCUCUAGGAAGCGAUUAG